ACUGAUAGUGCGGGCUGAGGUUGUGGGUUGCCUUGACAACCGCAAGCCGACCUGGUGGAGCACCGGUGUUGCUUGCCCGGCUUUCCUUGUCUGGUGUUGCGGUGUUUUCGAGCCGGCGGAGGCCAAUCCGGGCACCGAGUGAGGGCCGUGGACGCCGGUCAUCCCGCUCGGGGCCGGGCGUCCUCCUGGUCAGUGGGUGGGUGUCACAGACCAGGGACCCACGAGGGUUCAGUUAGACGGUGGUAACUAAGCAUCCAGAAACCAUAGCGAUUUUGUCUGCGACCAAGCCCCGUCUUCUGGGUGAGACUCCUAGAGCACUGUGCCUGUGCAGCGAAGCCCUCAACUCUGGACCAGCUACGUUUCUGCCCUCCCACUGCUGCACUCUGAGCUCUCAGAAGAGCCACUCGGACUCCGUUGGAAGACUGAAAGAAAUGCAUGUGAUGCGAUGAUAGCAUUCCUCACUACCCACGCUGCAGCUCUUCCUGAUUCAGCAUGUUGAGAAACAAGGACCAUUCAUCUAAAAAAGAUAACUUAGCAGUCACUGCAGUUGCUUUACAAGAUCACAUUUUGCAUGAUCUUCAAAUUAGGAAUCUUUCAGUAGCUGGUCAUCCUAAGACAAAAGUACAAAAGAAAGAGAACAAGUCAAAGUCUCUAAAAAGAGAUGCAAAAGCUGUAAUAGAUACUGGACUUAAAAAAACUCCAGAGGACUACAAAGUAGAAGAAGAUCCAGAAAAGGAAUAUGUCCUUGAUCCCGCACCACCACCAUUAACUUUAGCACAAAAGCUGGGCCUCUAUGCACCACCCCCGCCACCACUGUCACCAGCUGAGUGGGAGAGAGUGAAGCAGAGGUCCGUCCUGCAUGGGGACUCCGCACAGCCGUGCCCUAUAUGCAAAGAAGACUUCAAGCUCCACCCGCAGGUGCUGCUGUCCUGCUCCCACGUGUUCCACAGGGUAUGCCUUCAGGCUUUUGAAAAGUUCACAAAUAAGAAAACCUGUCCUCUCUGUAGAAGGAACCAGUAUCAAACCCGGGUGAUCCACGAUGGAGCCCGCCUGUUCAGAGCCAAGUGUGCCGCACGAAUCCAGGCCUGCUGGAGAGGGUAUAUUGUUAGAAAGUGGUACCAAAGCCUGAGGAAAGCCAUACCUCCCACUGACGCCAAGUUACGGAAGAAAUUCUUUGAAGAAAAGUUCCUAGAGAUCAGUCAUCGCAUACUGUGUUCCUACGACACCAACAUAGAAGAGCUCUUUGCAGAAAUUGACCACUGCCUGACCAUAAAUCAAAGCAUUCUUCAGCACUUGGACGAAAAGUGUGGACAUGAGCUCACAGAUGAAGACUGGGAGAAAAUCCAAGUGCAGGCUGCUCAUCGAGAGAUCUCCGAGUGCUCCAUCUGCCUGACCCCACUCUGGCUGCAUGGGGACAGCCGGCAUCCCCGAGCCACAGUCCUUCUGUCCUGUGCACAUCUGUUCCACCACACCUGUCUCCUGGCUUUGGAACAGUUCUCACUAGGAGACAGCUUUCCUCUCCACACCUGUCCACUCUGCCGUGCCUGCUACCAAAAGAAAAUCCUUGAGUGUUGAAUUCAUGCUCAGGAAAACUGGCAUAAUUCUGAGGGAAAAGCUUACCUGAAUUUUGGAUGAACUGUGUGGGUUUGGGGUUACGUCCCACCUGUGUUCUGUUCUCCAGGGAAACUUCUCUCAGCAAGUAUAUCAUAGAUAGGAAAUGGAACCAUAUUUUAAAAUCUGACAACCAACCCAUCUAGUUUUAGUCUUUAUGUCUAUAAAA